GUUGUUAUCUUUAGAGUUUUAAUAAAGCUAUCAAAAGAUAUGAAGGCUUACUCAGAGAUGAUUACUUCGAGUGUAGAGUCAAUUCUUAUCUUAUAAUUCUGUACUCCCUCCAGGAAAAUUGCAUAGUUGUCUCCAAGGAGAGAACCAGAUUAAAAAGUUGAUAUUUGUUGUGGAAGGCCAAAAAUAGGAAAAUUAGCAAAAAGAACUACUACCUUGUAAUGGAACAAAUCUAUCAUUUAAAGACUCCGAGUAUUUUUUGUUUUGGGGGGCACUUACUUGACUGCCAUAUCCAUCUUUACUCUUUCUUAAUUUCCAGAAGCGCUUUUCCUGUUUUGAAAGGAGAAAGUAAUACCUUAUCCAUGCAAAAAAUUGUGAUAUCAAUCUGGGUGCAUAAAGAGACUAUAGAAAAUGGUACAUUUAAUUAGAAUUAAAGAAAAUUUAUAGUUUUAGAUUAAUAAAGACUUACCUUUUGCAUGCCAAAUAUUUUAGGCAUUAAUAGGUAUAUUAAAAAGUAGGAAACAAAGUUAUAAUCUGGGCAGGCAAAGUCAUAGAAAUGUAUAUUGUACAUAUUGAGAACAGUGAUGCAGAGAAAUAGACCUAUAUAAAGUUUUGUAGGUAAACUAGAAUAAAGGAGAAGAAAUAAAUAAGAAAAGGAUGAACAAAAUGAUAUAAACCAUAUGUUUUGAUUUGAAAAAACACCUUAGUUGGAGUUUUUUUUAAAGCAAUCUUUGACUUGGCAGCUUUGGACUUUACUGUAGUAAGAAAUAACAGAAUGUACUGUCUAGAUUCAGAAAUAAAGAUGGGAGGAAGAAAACUGUAAGAACUGAAUAUUGAAGUAUAAUAUGGGCUUUCUGGACUUUGAUUCAGCCAGUCAUUGUGCUGUUAAUAUACCAGAAGUAAUAAAAUAUUGUUCAUGAUUUUUUUCAUAUAAAUGUUAUGAAUGGAUUUUGGAAUUGAGGGGGUGAUGCCCUUGGAAGCUUUAUCGUUUCUUUAUUGCCAGGAAUAAGGCAGGAUUUCUGAGUGGGGUAGACUACAGGAAAUAAAUUUCUGUGCUGUUUUACCAUUGUAGAGAGGCCAGAGAGUUCCCAUUUGGAACCAUUUCCUUCUUUUCCCUCAGGUUUGAUACACAGCAAACAGGGGGAUGAGAAUGACUAUAUAGUUAGGAAGUUAGUCCUAACUUUCAUAUUAGACCUUAUUAACUUGAUAAAGGUCUUUGGAGUACUGUUUUCUUCUUAUGACGGUAUUGAUUUCAAGUGUGGUCUGGGUGUAUGUGAGGUCAAAAUUAUUUUCAUAAGUUAUUUGCCUUUUUUACAUUAUUGACAUUUGGACUGAUGGUUCAAAAGUAAUGAUGAAUCAAACUGCUGUAUCUUAAUUGAAACAGGACAGUGGCACCAAACUGUAAAGUCUUCACUGCUAUACGCUCACAAUAAAAAUUAAAAAGAACUCCUAUUUUAUUUAAUAAUAAUAAAGCAGUACUGCUUGAUGAAGCAGUAUAAAUUAAUUUCAUUAAAUCUUGACCCCUGAGUAUACAUUUUUUAAACCAUUCUGUUUUAUGAAAUAGGGUAUGCAUAAAGCACUUCUGCAUACUGAAAAGUACUGUGAUUACUUUAAGGAAAAGCACUUGUACAGUUGUUUGAGUUGUGAGCUAAACUAGCUGCUUCUGUGAUGGAACAUUAUUUUUACUUGAAAAAUUCCUGACAAACUAUGGUGAUUUAGACUUCGACAUUUGGCAGACAUUUUCUUGAAUGUGAAUAAAAGCCUAUUACUGCUUUAAGACAAACAACUGACAUUAUUUGUUACCAGUUAUUUGAAAAAAAAGAGCUUUCAGGCAGAAAUUAGGAUUUUAGCAAGUUGAUAUCCAUAAUUAUGAGCUUGAUAGCUUCCCAAUACUUAAAAGCUUUCUGAUAAGAUUAGUGGUGGCCUUAACAGAUGGUGAUUUUUAAAUUAUUAUUGUAUAAUGAAAUGUUUGGUGUUUGGAAUGUUUGCAUAACUCAGUAAACAAAUAUUUUCUUUUUCUUUUUCUUUUUCUUUUUUUGGUGCAAAAAGGAUGGUUUUAAUAAAGCACAGGGACAGGACCCAUGGGCAGAAAGAGCUGUGACGAAUAUAUUCAAAUGACCAGUAUACCAUAUUACAAAAUUGUGCAUGGGUAAAAGAUCUAUUCAGACAGUAAGAUGGAUUGCAUAAAAGUUAUCUAUUGAUGUAUAACAAAUUGCUCCAAAAUUUAGCUUCCUGAAACAACAAACAUUUGUUAUCUCACAGUUUCUAUGGUCCAGGAAUCCAAAAGUGACUUAGCUGGGUGUCUUUGGUUAGACUUUCUCACAGGGUGUAAUCAAGGUGUCAGCCAGAGCUAUAAUCAUCUCAAAGCUUGAAUAGAGGAGGAUCUCCUAAGCUUACUCAUGUGGCUGUUGGUUGGCUGGAGACAUCAGUUCCUUACCACAGAGCAAAUGAGAGAGCAAUAAAAGGCAGCCCAUUAUAGAAGCCACCAUCUUUUUGUAAUCUAAUCUUAGAAGUGACCUCCCAUCACGUCACCUCUUUCACAUUCUAUUUCAUCCUGCCCAUAUUCAAGAUAUUCACACACAGGUUAUGAAUAUCAAAGAUUGGGAAAAUUGGGGGCCAUCCUAGAGACUGCUUACCACAUAGACCAGUGGAUUUUAUUGGAACAGAUAAUGAAAAGUUCAUUGAUAAGAUUUUAGAUUCCAUGCUGCAACUAACCUUUAAGAAGCUACCACUAGUUGAGUAUCAAAGGAGAAUAUUCACAAUGAUCUUAAAACACUAUUAAAAUACUCCUCCCCUUACAACUAUGUAUCUGUGUUAGGUUGAAUUUUAAUUUUUUUCAUUUAUUUGAACUUUGAAAAUAACAACAGAUAGAAUGCAGAAGUGGAUCUGAAAAUCCAGAUAUCUUCGCUUAAGUCAGUUAUUAAUAAGGAUUUGUGAAAUGUGUGCAGUGCCACUCUUCUUACUAAAUAUUUAUUCUCUACCUGUCCCACUCCCCUAUUCUAUGAAGCUCUUCUUGAAUCUUUUAUUAGCUUUUUAUAGCUUAGCCUCUUUGACCUCAGUGACCAGCACUCCUGGUAUGUGGGCAGUAGAGUGAGAAUACAAAGGACUGAUGUUUGCUGUAUAGCAGAUGGUUUGGAAGAGUCAGGAAACCACAUAUGGAAGAGCUCCUAAAAGACGACGGCCUGCACGUUCAAUAUUUGAUGGUUUCCGAGAUUUUCAAACUGAAACUAUUCGGCAAGAACAGGAAUUAAGAAAUGGAGGAGCAAUAGAUAAGAAACUGACUACCCUUGCAGAUCUUUUCCGGCCACCCAUUGAUUUGAUGCAUAAAGGCAGCUUUGAAACAGCCAAAGAGUGCGGCCAGAUGCAAAAUAAGUGGCUAAUGAUAAACAUUCAAAAUGUACAAGACUUUGCAUGCCAGUGCCUCAACCGUGAUGUGUGGAGCAAUGAAGCUGUGAAGAAUAUUAUCCGGGAACAUUUCAUUUUCUGGCAGGUUUAUCACGACAGUGAAGAAGGUCAGAGAUACAUACAGUUUUAUAAGCUAGGGGAUUUCCCCUAUGUUUCUAUCUUGGAUCCACGGACAGGUCAGAAGCUAGUAGAGUGGCACCAGUUAGAUGUAUCUUCUUUCUUGGACCAAGUGACAGGAUUUCUGGGUGAACAUGGGCAACUGGAUGGACUUUCUAGCAGUCCCCCCAAAAAAUGUGCCCGUUCAGAGAGCCUUAUAGAUGCAAGUGAAGACAGCCAGCUAGAAGCUGCCAUCAGAGCCUCCUUGCAAGAGACACACUUUGAUUCAACACAGACAAAACAGGAUAGCCGCUCAGAUGAAGAAUCUGAAUCUGAACUUUUUUCUGGCAGUGAGGAGUUCAUAUCCGUUUGUGGCUCUGAUGAAGAAGAGGAGAUAGAGAAUCUUGCCAAAUCCAGAAAAUCUCCCCAUAAAGAUUUGGGGCAUAGAAAAGAGGAGAAUAGAAGGCCACUGACUGAGCCCCCAGCCAGAACUGAGCCUGGAACAGCCACAAACCACCAAGGAUUGCCAGCCGUGGAUUCAGAAAUACUAGAGAUGUCACCUGAAAAAUCAGAUGGAAUAGUGGAGGGCAUAGAUGUAAAUGGACCAAAAGCACAGUUGAUGUUGCGGUAUCCAGAUGGAAAAAGGGAACAGAUCACUCUUCCAGAGCAAGCUAAACUGCUGGCUUUGGUGAAGCAUGUCCAGUCUAAAGGAUAUCCAAAUGAACGUUUUGAACUUCUCACCAACUUCCCUCGAAGGAAACUCUCUCAUCUGGACUAUGACAUUACAUUACAAGAGGCAGGCCUUUGUCCUCAAGAGACUGUCUUUGUACAGGAAAGAAAUUAACAUCAUGGCCUGACCUCUCUCAGCUUACCCCUUUUAUCCCUUUUCCUGUGAGAUACCAUGUCACUAAGUAUGCAUUUUGGCUCAUAGGACCAUAGAGCCAAAGUCGGGCAAGCAAGUCACCUGCCUUCUGUUUUAUUUCUUGCUCUCUCCUAUAUUCAGUCUCUUCCCCCAACCCCCUUUUUCACUCCUCUUCUGUUUUCUUCUUUUUCCUACUAUUCUUUCUUUCUUACUUAAUCUGGUGACCAAAUGGAAGUGAAAGAAUUAGACCUCCUAGUACUGGCUGCAGGAAAUGUAUGUUCCAAUAAGUGGUCUUUUGCACAGCACUUUUUUGGGAUCAAGUGAUAAUGUUACUCCUCAGGCUCCUUUGGUAAAAGAAUGGCUAGAUUCAGAAUAAGAACAACCUCCUUUUUUUUGUAAGCCCCAUUUUUGGUAGAGAAAAGAAAUUCUAUAACACUUUGUUCAUGUAAGAAAUAUCACAUAACAAAAUAUUCAGGCUUUUGUUUACAUGGAAAAAGCAUCCCUUAUAAUUAUUGUUCAUUAUAUUUAAAAUUUUUUUCAAAGGAUUCCCAUGUUCCCACCUAAAAUUAUUUUCCAUGAUAUGUGUUAUUGGCAGAUUGAGUGUUAAAUAUAGGGUGAGUAGCAUGGAGUGGCUUUCAGUAUCCUAGCCUGAAACAGCUUUCUUCAUUAUUACUUUAUAAAUUGUAUUGAUCCUGCUAGUCCUGGAACGGACGUUUAGUGAGGCGAUUUUGGUGACUCGGAUAGGAAGAUGCUUGCUGUUUUUGCCAGUACAGCAUAUUAGUUCCUUUGGCCCUUCCAUUGUUUGGGUCCACAAGUGAUCUGUAGGAGAGCAAGUGUUCAAUUAAUCAUGCAGUACAGUGGCUUGUGGUUGUAACCACUAUGGUAAUUGAUUGUCCUAUGUGCUUUAAGGCAUACUUAUGUAUGUCCCGGGGGGGUGGGGGGGAAGAAAAAGAUGCAGCUGAGAGUUGCUAACCAUGUUCCUACGGUUAGAAAGAAUGAUUCAUUUUUUACCCCUGGUUGGAAGAAUUCCUAAAAGGUUCUGAUGACUGAAUGAGCUUAAUUCCUCUACCGUUUUCUUGCAAAAGGUAUCAAAACUGAAAGCCUCUCUAAGGCAAAGACCUUUAAAUUCAGUUUAUAAGACCACAUUUAGUAAGGGAGGUGGAGAAGGUUACCGGUAAUCUUCAGAUGUGGAGUUCUUCUGCCGACAAAAGCCACAUUCAGACUUAGCUGGUGAAAGCUUUUUUCAGUAUUAUUUAGAAGAGGCCAUCUUGAAUCUAUGUAAUACUGUCUGACUUAUCACCUUCACCAUAUGCUCAAUUCUUACUUUGAGCUUUAAAUAGAGUCCUCUGAAGGGGUAGUAGUGAUUCUGGUGGCAAAAUCAGAACUUUAACUUGUUCUAUAGAAUGGACCUAUUUUGUCAGUUGGGGAUUUGGAUUGAUUGAUUCUUCUACUUGAGGAACAUAAAUUGCUAUUGCUCAGAGACCUUUAGGUUUCCAUCUACUUUAAGAUCACUCUUUCGGCAACGUGGGGAUUAAAAAAAAGAUGCUUAUUGUGUUGCUAGUACACAAUUAGAGAAUAUGGUUUCUAAUGGUUGGAUUUUGAGGGACCCUUCCUAAAGAAUGAGUAUGUAUCUCCUCAAGGAAAUCAUGGAAAAUUCUGUUUAUUCUUCAGUGAGUCCUUUUGAAUUAAUGUUCUUACAUUUUUUUCUAAGUCUGUGUAAGUGCUUAUGUAUAAGUAUAUAAUUGUAUAAAUAUUUAUAAAUAUAUUUAUAUAAUUACAAUUUCAUUUAUACCUUGAGUCAAAGUUCUCUCUUUAGAUUGGUGACUGAGUAAUACCAUUUCGGUGUUUUUCUCAUAGGCUCUCGAGGCUAACUAGCAGCUUCUCAUUUAUUGAGGAAACAUGGUUUUCAUGUUAAUUCCUCAAUUGUAUCUCUGAACUUGGAUAAUAUACUUGCUAUCUGAGGAAUAGAGCUAUAUACUAGCAAAGGUGCAGUAGAAGGUUUAAAAAUUGUUGGUAGUAGACAAAGUCAGAAAUUAAAAAUUCAGGGAGGCACAGGGUAAGAACUGAGGGUAUGCCCAGCUUUGGUGCUGUGUUGGCACCCAUCUCCACUCUCAGCAAAGUCACAGCUAAAGUCCAAAUCUGUCAAAAAUGUGAAGUCAAGAAUUUUCCCUGUGGGACUCUGUUUCAUUCUUUUACCUACUAACUUCUCUAUAAAACGUAUCUCAAGAAUCCGAGACAUGCUCAUUAAUGAUAGGAUGUAGUUCUUUUUGAUGAGGUCAGCCGUGGCAUAUCCAUUUGUGAGAAACCAAAGUGACUUUUUCAACUUGGAUAACUGUGAGAUGACCGAGUAAAUAUAAAGUGAUUUAAGUAAGCAUAUCAAAGACUUAGGGCAUGAGAUACUGAUCCAACUUAGAUACAGUUGGUGUUUUUAGAGUACAAGAUGUAGAGGAUUUUAUUUUAUUUUGAGGCAGAAGUGUAAUUAUCCUGGGCUUGAUAUAGAAGCCCAUGGGGGAGGGAUUAUGGAUUAUACAUGGGAAGAGUAAGUAUAAAAAGGAGUACUGCUUCGCUCAUGAACUCAAUUCACUAAAGGAGUAUGCUUCCUCCAGUUUGUCUUCUUUGCUCUGCAAAUUCCUUUGCUCUUUGGAGGAAAGAUUUUACUGAAUAGAUUAAAUGAGGCUAGUAAGAUUAGUUAAAAAUAGUCAUUCCUUAUAGGUAUUGGAAACAGCUCAAAAGAAAAGAUGGGGAGGAAAAGGACAAGAUAGACUUUGAGAGGGACAAGAAACAAAGAUGGGGAGAUGGAAUGAAAAUUAGUGGGGAAGAAAGUGACAGGAAACAUCUUUUGAAUUUGAUUUAGAAAGGAACCAGAGAAGAGAAAGAACAGCCAAAGAAAGAACAGAGGGAAGAAUGCAGAACUAAUUCUGAGUAACUAGCAUGUGCUAGGUACUUUAUGUGCAUUUUCUCCUUUAAUCUUCUUAAGAAUUCUACAAAAUACACACUUUCCCCAUUUUGUAGGCAGGAAGAAAGUGAAGUUCAUAGAACCCGCUCAGGAUGUCGCAGCUAGUAAUUGGCAGAAUCAAAAUAGGCAUCCAGAGUCCAUGCUUUUUUUACUCCCUUGCUGUAGUCGCCCACAACAGGGGAAUCAAUUUACCCAAAAGGUUCUCUUCCUGUGUUUGGCUCUGUAAAUUAUCGUUUGGUUUGUUUCCUUUUAAAGCUUGUGGGAUUUGCACUAUGCCUGUAAAUUCUUAUUUACACCACUGUUUUGAGGGACUGAUUAUUCCUUUUUAAAAACGAUGCACUGAUAAAAAUGUGAAAGAAAAAUAUGUGGCAUUAUUUGCCAAGAAUAGAUGGAAAGGCUAAAAAAUAAUUUUAUCUUUUUUAAACCAUUUUUUGGAAAAAUACAGUUUUCUUUGUCCCAUCCAUACCUAAAUUGAGCUAUGUGUAUAUUUUUAAAUCUUCGAUAAAAUUCUACUUCCUUGACUCUAGAAGUCAACAAAUAUUUAUUGAGUCCUUAAUCAAAGUUGGAAAUGGCUUGAAGUCUAAUACCUAGUUUCUUCCUGUUUUAUCCAGUUGGAAAAACACACUACACAUGAGAUAAUUGAAGAAGGUGCAAAUGUUUACCUUUCUGGGGCUGAACUAUAAUUACAAUAAAACUUUAGAAAAGGGAAAGACUUGUGUAGGCUUUCGUUAGGAAAGGCCACAGAAAACUAAAACUGAAAAGUGGCAAACUCUGUAGCUCAGAGUUUUUGACUCACCUGUAUUCUUUAGCUCCACCUUUUGUAACUGCUAGACUUAGGGCACAUUUAUUGGUAGUGUAUAUCCAGCACCCAAGUAGGAAAGGAUUAUUGAUCCUAGGACUAAAGAUUUUAGCUAGCAAGGAUCUCACUUGGACACUUAGGAAAAUACCAGAGGGAGCCACUAGCAGCUGGAAAGUGAAGGAAAGAUUUAAUUUCUGUACCCAAGUACGAAUGAAAUAUAUAGAGGGGCACUGUAUGUAGGCAUGAGUGCACUCGGGUAACAGCUCUGCUAUACUAAUAGAGAAUUGGACUGGAUCAGUAGUUCUGUUUUUUCACGUUAAAGGACUUAUUCAAGUUUGGCAGGGGUGGGGAAUUGUGGGGUUUACAUGUUAAUAACAUUAAGACCAUAGCUGGAGAAAAUGUGCAUAUGAAAUUGCAGACCCUUUGCAAAAACUCUAGGAACCCACAGAUUGUAGACCACCGAAUGAGAUUAUCUCUGAAGUCCUUUCCACUCUAAACUUUUAUGCUUCUAGUUUCUCCUCUUUAUUACAUAUUAUCCCUAGGCUAAUUAAAAGUUUACUUGUUAAUCAGUUCUUUCGCUUUUUUCUGUGUCCAGAUUUCCCAGUAACUUCAUCUCACCUCACUGUGUGACCAAAAUCUCCAAAAAGGAGAGUAUCAUAGUUCUAGACCUAGUAAUGAUCUUUUAAACACAAUUCAUCAAUUUUAAAAACUUCAUGCUGUGUUUUGAAUCAGUGUUAAGUAGGACUAAAAUGUAAUUAAUGAGAACCAAAUAUUUCACUGACACCAGAAUUAAAUUUUAUUUUACCUGUGUGCUUAAAGCACUUUACUGGAUGAGCAAUUGUUAGGAAAUUGAUUUGACUAAGUUGUAAAAUUUACACUUGGUUUUAGCAGAAACAACUUUUUCAAGAUCUAAUUAGACCAACUUUUAAAAAUAUUUCUUAUCCCACAAGAGUGCAUCUCUGUUAUGUUGUUCAUAUUUUCUCUCUCUCUCUCUCUCUCUCUCUCUCUCUCUCUCUCUCUCUCUCUCUGUCAGUCUGGCCCUCUUUCACUUAACUACUCAAUAGUAAAUCAUGGGAUGCAGGUUGCCGAGUAAGUGAUGGCUUGUGUAAAAUUAAAUGAGAUAGGAAGAACCAACCCUACUGAUGAACAUGGCAGUUUCCCAGUAAUACAAGCCUUGAUGAAAAGGCUACUUGAAGACAGCUGUGUCCUAUGAAUAUUCAACUUCAUUGAUUUGCCUUGCAUAGCAUAUCAAUUAUUGUCUUGCCUUGACACUUAGUAUUGCAUUGUGCACAGUUUAGAUUAGUGGCAAGAAUGUUUAGUACAGAAAAUAACCAACAGAGAAUACCAAGGCACUAUCUUGAUUUCUCUUGUUAUGUAGACAUUUGGUAUUUCAGUGCUGGUUAUUUUGGUCUUUGACUCAACCGUGUCUCAGUUCUGCUAGAGAGACAGUUUAGAAUCAAGAAUAUUUUUUUAUAGAGAUUAUGAUGAUUUUGAUCGUUUUCCCAUGAAGUGAACUUGUGACUAAAUUAUUGGAUGUGACUAUGAGGCCGUGAAUUAGAAAGUCUUUUUAUCCUACCUUCUCUUUUACUUUUCCAUUCUCUAUUCUCAAUUUUUUGGAUUCCAUUUUCUGAAAAUUAGUCAUGACUUUUAAUGAAAUUAGCUAUGUUUAAGAAGUUCCAUUUCUAAGUUUGAAUGUAUAACAUUUUUAAUUUUUCAUAAAUUAAUAUGUAAGGGAAGAAUUUGAAGCAAAUGGUUUUAUAGCUCAUUUUCUCUCUGCACCUGAGAAUUCUCUUAUUCCGUAUAUAGAACGGCUAGCUCCAUGAUACCCUUCCUCCCUUCUUUGUCCUACAGAAUGUUCUGUACUGCUUAGAAUCUCCGUCAUUCUCAUAAACAUGUUAAUUUUUGGUUCAAGCCUUUAUUUACCAUAUGAUCUCAAAGCAGAGGUGGGCAAUCCAAUAUGAACUACUUCAGUAAAACAAUUUAGCAUUUCUGAAAAGUAUUUUCAAGAGAUGACCAGAUUUACUUGGAUUAGAGAUACAAAUACCAAUGGUAGUGUGUUGCCUAAACAAUCCCACAUUAAUGUCUUAAUACGAGAAGUUGCCUUCUUAUACUUAAUUCUGUGGCAACAAAUAGCAAGUUUUUGUUGUCUGGUAUUUCCUAUAUAUGGACCGAAAUGCCCUGAGAUUUUCUCUUUUACAGGGUCACUUGAGUCUUCAAAUAGGAAGAAUAGUCAAACUAUGCUGGACUGAACGUGAAAAAUUUUAUCUGCAUCAAAAAAAGUUAUUAAUCUAACUGGGCUACCACGAAUCAUUCAUUUAUUAGAUGUAAAUAAAUAAAAUGGGAGACAUUUCAAAUCAUUGGAUAAAUUCUGACCUGGAAUUGAAUUCUCCCCUUCUUAAAAUCUUUUAUUUGCUUUUUUCAUAGACUCAGUAUGAGCAUCUUAACUAAUAAGGGAUAGAUUCUUGAUCUGGAACUGUUCGCUGCCAUUCUGCUUUUUUUUCCCCUUUUGUCAAGCUUGCUAGCUUUAGAAGAGUACAUGUUACCAGGUUCUAUUUCAAGUUAAUAACUUUGGAAUGCUGAUGCUCAACUGGGUAUCUGAAUGUUUUCAACAAAAUGGUUUUAUAGUAUGUUUUUCUUGGAGCUUCUGUGUUCUUAAUAAUGGAAAAUAUCAAUAAAUUAUGUGAUUCAAAAUAUAAAUAGGUUUUUUACCCUAA